CAUGUCAUAACCCCCCCCCACCACCACCACCACCACAGCUGGAAAAAUUCCUAGGGGAAACACUGGAGUAGCGUCGUUUUUAUCCAAGCUGAGGCAAAAGGUCCAAAUAUCAGGAAAUUAGACUUCAAAACCUGCUGUGUUGAGCUCUCCACUGAUGUGGCAGACUUGUCUGUGGUGAUGCAGGUGUUUCUGGGGUUUUUGUGUCUCAAAUACGGCUUGCAAAGCAUUCAUUCCUGCCAGAGACAACUCAAAUGCAUUGAUUAAACAAGUUUAAAUGACCUUCAACCUCAACCAACUUCAACCAUUAUAUCCUGAACAUACACAAAUUGUAAUAUUAUCUAACAGUUACAAAGUUAGAAAAUCAAAAACUGGUACUACUAAUAAUAGAACCAAUCAUACCCUUAGACUCGUUUGAAGUUAUCACCUUAUCUUAAUGCAAAGCAAACUGAUUGUCUUAAAGCUUACACUACACAACCUUUGACUAUUGGCGAGUGUUGUAAUGAUUACAUAAAGGUAAUUUUGAAACCAGUAAGUCUUGCAGACUACUGACCCACAUUUGGGACUUCAUCGGGGGGAAAGCUAACCAGGAAGUUGUUAAAACACACACACACACACACACACACACACACACACACACACACACACACACACACACACACACUCAGAGAAGAAGUGCAUAGAAGGGAACAACAAAAACCCUCAACUUGUUUGGAUGAUUGUCAUAUUUUUAGCUGCUGCUUAUUUAGCCCCAUUUGUAGAAAUGAAGUGUUAUCUUGAUCUGCUCCAUUUUUAUUGCAGGAUUUAUUCUGAGUUGCUUUACACAUUACUUUAUUUAAGGGAAAAUAUUAUAAUUUAUUUUUAAUAAUUAUGGACCUCGUACUAGACUAGCUGCUCUUGAGACAGUAUCAUUCAGUAACAUUGCAUCCAUAGUGAUUUAGUGACAUUUAAAAGGAUGUUAUUUAUGCAUCAGGCGCAUGUUCAAGAUUACAAUCUGCCCUAAUGCUUGUCGCCGCAGGUUUCUUUCACUUGUGUUGCACAGCCUCUGCUCAGACCUCUGCCGUCGUUAGUAUUGAGCUACCAGAUGACCUACUUUCUGUGCUCUCAGCAGCCCAGUCCUGUUUACAAGCCUCAGCCAGCCGAGGAUGUGGAGUACACUACCUGGAAAACUAACACACUAACCCCGCAACUAAAGCAGGAACCUGGAAGGCAGGAAACGAAAAAACUAGCAGACAGUUGUGGAUAAAUCAGAACUCGUUUGGAGCACACGGUGAUUAACAACAGCUCAUUAAUAACUUGUUAUGCAAUUUAAUGCUUUGAGUUCUCCCUACUGCUUCAGCUGGACGUUUCUAGUUUAGCUGCUAUGUUGUAAUUGUAUUGGGAAAAAAUGUCGGAACCAUUGUUUAAAGUGAAGAGGGGGACUUCAUUUAUGGACACUCGUUCUUCGGGUUUUGGUUUUCCUUCUAUGGCUGUAAGAAGGUGGUGGACACCUGGUCUCUGCUAGAUUUAAACAAAACAAAUGUCGAACAAGAUUGGGGCUGAUGGCACUGUUGAGUCUUCAUAGAUGGCCUGGUUGGGAGAAGGAGUGACUAUGGACAACCUUUCUGACUUUGACGGCCCAUGUCCAUCCAGCCACAGGGAAUGGGAUACAAACAGCUGUGUGGAAGAUUUGAUGGAUGAAGAUGAGAAGGACAAGGCAAAAAGGGCAUCUCGUAACAAAUCAGAGAAGAAAAGACGAGACCAGUUCAAUGUGCUCAUCAAGGAGCUGUGCACCAUGCUGCAGGGUCAAGGCCACCCGCGCAAGAUGGAUAAAUCUACCAUCCUGCAGCGGACUAUUGAUUUUUUACAGAAACAGAAAGACAUCACAGCGCAGAAUGAAAUUUGUGAUGUGAAGCAAGACUGGAAGCCCUCGUUCCUCAGUAAUGAGGAGUUCACUCAGCUAAUGCUAGAGGCCCUGGAUGGUUUCCUGGUCGCAUUAACGACAGACGGGAACGUCAUAUAUGUAUCUGACAGUGUGUCUUCACUUAUUGGCCAUUUACCGUCAGAUAUGGUGGACCAAAAUAUCUUGAAUUUCCUCCCUGAGCGGGAGCACGGGGAGGUAUAUAAGCUGCUAUCAUCCCACAUGCUGAUGACUGACCCCAUUGCUGCCGACUUCCUUGACAGUGAGUCUCAUAUUGAAUUUUGCUGUCACAUAGCCAGAGCUAGCAUGGACCCAAAGGAGCCGCCUGUAUACGAGUAUGUCAAGUUUGUCGGAGAUUUCAAGUUUCAUAACAAUGUGCCUACGUCUUCUUGCAACGGGCUGGAGCUGACGUUACCAAGAAGUUUGCAGUCGUCGCUGGAGGAGCAGGUCUGCCUCAUAGCUACUGUACGAUUAGUCACGCCUCAGUUUCUGAAGGAUUUGUGUAAUGUGGAAGAUCCCUGUGAUGAAUUCACAUCCAGACACAGCCUCGAAUGGAAGUUCUUGUUUUUAGAUCACAGAGCAUCACCCAUCAUUGGCUAUUUACCUUUUGAGGUUCUUGGGACUUCUGGCUAUGACUAUUAUCACGUGGAUGAUUUGGAGCUUAUAGCCCAGUGCCACAAGCAAUUAAUGCAGUUUGGAAAAGGGAAAUCCUGCUAUUAUCGGUUCCUGACCAAAGGACAGCAGUGGAUUUGGCUGCAGACUCAUUACUACAUCACUUACCACCAGUGGAACUCCAAACCAGAAUUCAUUGUCUGCACUCACACUGUUGUUAGUUACGCUGAGGUGCGAGCUGAACGGAGAAGAGCUUUUGGACUCGAAGAGUUGUCUCCACCUGAGAUAGCGCCCUCCUCUGUGAAGGCCCAGGAGCUGUACCUGGACAUCUGCUCCACUCUGGACGCUACCCGCGACAGAAACAGCGGUGCACGUUCGGUGUCCUCCCACAGCUCUCGGAAAUCCUCCCACACGGUGCAGUCAGACUCUUUGUCUGCAAACUCCUUCACAGAGGCCUGCACGCCGUCAUGGCAGGCUGCUUCUGUCGGCCCCGAGAAGUCAUCUGCCAGACUCCAACCCAGUGCUUCAAAGCAGCAAUCCCAGCAGCAGCAACAAUCCCAGGAGCAGUCCUCGGUGUAUCAGCUGCAGCAGCCUCAGCUCGGUGUAAUGAACCAGCUGAAGGAACAGCUGGAGGAGAGGACGCGCAUUUUGCAGGCCGACAUUAAAACCCAGCAGCAGGAGCUGCAUGAUAUUAAGGAGAAGCUUCAUCUCGCGAAUCUGCAGAUGUUGUUACAGCAGCCGAUCCACAAUGACUUUGGUCAGGCCCAGCAGCAGCCGCAGCAGCAGGGACCAGGAAGGCCGACCCAACAGAACCAGUCAGGGGUCAUCAGGCAGCUCUCAGGCCAGUCAAAGCCUGCCAGCUGCAGUGCUCACAGUUCAUCACCCCACUCUGGCCUGAGAGAAAACAGCUCACCCUCCACGCAGGUUCAGCAGAGGACUGCUCGGGGCAGGCAGUCGGUGAGUUUGCCCAUGCAGACGAACACAAGUCUGACCACGCCCUUCUACAGCAAUCCCAUGAUGUUCUCCCAGACGAACACAAGGCCUCAGCAGGAUGCAAACCAAAGACACAACCAGUUCAGCCAGGAUGGACAGCUACAGAUGCUCCUGAACCAGCCGGUGCAGACUCUGGUUCCCACUAGCAGCAUCACCUCACAGCCCUCCCAGUGCAACAUGGGAAUCUCCCAAACUCUAUACAGCUUGGACCAGCCGAUCAUCGCCCCCUCUUUUACAAUGCAACAAGUCAACUGUAACGCCGUGCUCGUGCCAUCCCCCGUCUUCACGUCCCCCAUAAUGAUCCCACACAACACCUUCAUCACACAUCAGUCCCAGUCAGCCCACCCCACUCAGCCUCAGGCCUCCCAGCACUCGGUGCAGCCUCAGCAGCCCCAGCAGUUCUUUCAGAUGACUCAAGGGCUUGUCCACAGUGGAUCGACUCCAACUUUCCUACACACCACCAACGUCCCACAGCAAAGCACCGUGGGAUACAUUCAGCAGCAGCUGCCAACGCAGCAGCUGCCUCUAGCACAGCAGCAGCAACCGCAGCAGCAGCAAAGACAGUACCAACUUUCCCAAAAUCGGACAGCCAGCAUUUCAGAUUUUCGGAAUAUGCUGACUCGGUAGCACCAAGGACUUUCUGGAGCGCUGAGAUUCUGCCUUUGUGGCGCCGCCCUGCAGGCGGCAAAACAAUGUGGCACUUAGAAAUCAAACUUGGAUGGCGAGUUCAGAGGCAGCUGGUUCUAUACAACACCAGGCCGUCCUGGCUCCGCCUGAUCCGAGGAGAGAGGCCACGUGACGCUCACUGAGACCGCCAGAAUAAGUGGAUUAUCCAGGCUCUGAAGAUGAUGCUUUUACGCGUCUGCUUGUUGAAGUUUAAGUGUCUGUUUGCACUUUGACACCAACCCAUACCGUAAUGUAGAAUAUUUAUAAUUUUUCUGUGGUCGAUUGUUUCCUUCUGUUUGAUUACUUUUCAGAUCUACAGCUCAGCGCCCCUUCCCUGGAAUAUCAUCCUUGCCUGUUAAACAGGGUUUGUUUGUGUGAUAAUUCUACAGCGGCACCACAUUCUGUUCCAAACACGACGAUUCAAAAUCGGGCCUGAAGCGACAAAAGGGAUUUCUUCUCAUUAUUAUGAAGGUCCAUCUAGAUUUUUAAAGCCUCAAUCUGGGCCUGAAAGAGUGGCGCUGUAGCUGCCCCAGAACUAAAACAGACAUUGCUCCUGACGAGCUGCGAGUCCUCGUGUGAUCCAACAGGCAGAGGAGGGGUAAUCGUGCCUUCAACCGUGAUGCAUUCAUGGUCUGGUUUGAUGGUUUUUGUCUGAUUACGGCUUUAAAAAUCCAGCUCAGGUCCAUUUGGAAUAGAAAUGGUAUAUUUUCAUAAAAGAAUGAUUUCUACUUUCUGCGUCAGAUAGAAAUAGGGAACGUGUAGAUUUAUACUGGACAAAUUACAACCAUAUAUAUUUAAUAUAUAUGCACUAGAAGAAUUUCUACUGCAACCUCAACAUGCUCAGUAGAUCCUGAACAGUUUCAUCCGUGUGGUUCAUCCCUAUUGCUUAUUUAACAAAGUGUGGCAUAAAGAAACAACAGUUAUUCUACCACUGAUCUGUGUUCUGCACAGAGAGAGUUUGCAUGCAGCCUAGAUGAAAACAGUAUUCUAAUGUGGUCGACGUGUCUGUUGGAUUGUUUAUUUGAACAAUUUAUUAAGACAGAAAAAUCUGCUUAUCGGCCGAUACUCCAAAAAGGUCUGUUCUGUCAUUUAUUUAGACAUUAUGAGCUUUUGAAGCAGCUUUCCGACUCUUUCUUUGACAAUCUUUGGAGUUAAUUCUCAGACUGUUUAGAUUUAAGGGUGAACCGAUGCUAUUGAUGCUGCACUGAUGAUACUCGGAUUACAGUUGUGACACUAAGAAGAUUGAAAUGUUGACGCUUGACAAUGAGCUUAGUUCAAGAAGAAAAAAAAAAGACCAUAUGUGCAUCUAAACUAACGAAGACAAUCAGCUAAUACAUAAACAGCACCUGCAUUAUAGUUUCAGUUUAUUAUUCAGACUUGCAAAUCUUAGCUUAUUUUCCACUUAGCACGACAAACACGUUUUCGCUCCACUUUAUGAAAAGCAGCCCGUCGUGCUCCAAAUGCGACUUCUUUUGGUGUUAUUAAAAUAUUCCUGUUGAAGACUGGUGCUGCUCCUGUUGCACACUCAGCACGUAUGUUUGGUGCCGUUUUACGCUUUUCUAUGUGCAAUGUGGAUUUAAAAGAAGAAUGUUAAUUUAUGCAGUUUUACCUGUUUCAGAACAGCGUUGCCGUGUAAAUAGGGCUGUAUUAUAAACACAUGUACCAGGUAAUUUAUAUGGAAGUAUUUUAUUUUCUUUGAAUGAAAACAUUCCUUCUAGCAGUAUUUUAUUUUAAUAUAUAUUCACUGAAGGGGGGUUUGCACAGGACUUAGCAUAAGUUGUACGGGGUUAAAUGAGUCAGAGCUCCUGCUCCGCCGUUCAUAAACAUUUAAAAAUACUCAAAUUCAAAGUGCAAUUAUUCUGCAUCAGUAACAAACUCUGAAGGAUGAAGCUAACGCUAGAGCCCUGUUAUUACUCACUAUUCUUCCAUAAGUUUCACAUGUUUCUGCUUCGCCAGCAGCUCAAGAGGUGCCAUUCACAACUUUUUGUGUUUCUUGUCUUCAUUUGUUGAGCAUUUCUCAGUGAAAAUGCUCCAAAUCACAUGAUUAAAGACAAUUCAUUUAUAAUCCUGCAGAAUAUCAGCCUUUUAGGCAGUGAAAUAGGUUAUAUGAGAUUAUUUUUCUUCUGAACACAUCAUUCAGACGAUGUUGGAUUUAGACGAAGCAUCUGUUACCGUUUAGUUUGCCUUCAGAGGUGGUUGAGGGAAACUCGGCUCAUUAAACUCAUCUGACUUGAACCUAAAUCACCUACUAACAUCUGGAUUACUUCACAAAGGUUGUAAAUAAUUUGUUCGAUUGGUGUUUUGUUUCCCUCCCAGCCACUCUUUGGAUUGCUGUUCUCGUUCGUGUUUUUUUUUUCAUCAUCGUUUGUUCUUUUUCCACUUGAUGGGAUGUGAAUUUGAUCACAUUGAACUUCAUCUAUAUUUUCUGAUUUGCAACAUGUGACACGUGACUGUGGGCAGUCAGAUUAAUGCUUUCUGUGCAAGUUACCAGAACAUGAACAAAACAACACAACCCUUGCGUUCAAGCAUUUCUGCAGUUUCAGUGCAGGAAGUAAAAAAAGAAUAAAGAUUAUAUUGUAUUAUAGAAUGUUUAAAAAUGCAUUUAAAAUAUUUUAGGCCACAUAGUUGUUUAUUUUCUAUGUCUAAUAGAUUGCAUAUGUAUGUUACAUGAUUUAAAAUUAAAGUAAUUUUGUAACAGAU